CUGCGACUGCAAAUGAAAGAGUGAUAAUAAUUAUGUGGGAGUGGCUAUCUACAAAAUGAGUUCUCUCAAAAUUUAAACAAGCAGGUUGGAGUAAAUUUCCUGUAAUUGAAGGUCAAAAUUGUGAAAUUACUCCGACUCCCUAACAGAAUUGCCACAUGGAGUUCGUCCUUUCCCGCCUCUCCAAGUCGUUACGAAGACGGUUAUAAAAGUCCCCGCGCCACCUGCUCCCAUUGAGAUUCUCAGUAUUUUCCAUUAUCACAUUCUCGAGCCUUCUCUACUGAGUUCUGCAAAUCCGAAAUAUCUCCUUAAGAUUCUCGGAAACCGCCAUGGCUACCUCUCUGCGACCGCCAACACUCAUCGCGAUCUUCAUCGCCGUCGCCAUCUCUGCAGCCGCCGGCGCUGACUUGUCUCCGCCGCUUCCAUCUUCAUCGCCGCCGCAGGCAUCUCGUCGCGGAGAAGAGGUUUACACGCCUCCUCUGGUCGCCACCAUUCUGUUCACUCUAGGCUUCCAGGAGCUCUCCACGGCGGCCGUGAAGGCUAACAUCUCCGCCGCGACUCCGAUCACCAUAUUUGCUCCGGCGGAUUCAUCUCUGGCCACGUGUCCUUCGUGCUCUCUCCCGCUACUGCUGCAGGAGCACUCUGUUCCUGGACUCUAUCCGCUCCAUUUCCUGCGCAAGUUAGCGUCCGACACUAAGAUCCAGACGCUGGCUGAAAAUCGCUGCCUCACUAUUACGACGACCGUCGGAGGAGUGCCUCGGGAUCAGGAUCCGGGGAAGGUUUUCGUCAACGGCGCCGAGAUCGUUCAGCCGGACGUCUUCCACAACGGCUUUAUGGUGAUUCACGGCGUCGAAGGCUUCCUCACUCACCUCUCGGCGAAAUCGUGCAACAUGGAGGAGAUGACUACCAUGUCCUUCCCUCCUCAAUCGCUGGUGUCCGCAUCCGGAACCGGAACAAUGAUGAUCUCUAUCAUGCGCCUUAUGCAAAACGACGCCAUUCUCCGCCUGGAGAGCAUCGGAUACAGAAUCGUUGCUCUGGCGAUGAAAGUCAAGUACGCAGAGAUUUCGAGGCUGAAGACCAUGACGGUGUUCGCUCUGGACGACGCCAAUCUCCUCACCGGCAACGGAUUGCUCUAUCUAUCCAAUUUCCAUUUCCACGUUGUUCCUAAUCGGAGAAUCCUUGCCUCUGAGCUGGUCACUCUGCCGACCGGGACCGUUUUGCCCACCAUGGACGGCGAGCAUAAGCUGGUGGUGACAAAUCCAGGUGGCGGAGGGGCACUGGUGCCGUUGAGGAUAAACUACGUGAGGGUGACCACGCUUGAUCUGCUCCACAACAGCCGGAUCGUCGUCCAUCAAAUAUCUGCGCCGUUCCCGCAUAUGAUUGAUCAGACUCAGUUUAGCGUUUCCCAGAUUGCGCAGCCACUGUGCGAUGUCAAUUCCACCGAUGCCGGAAUAUGUAACCUCGGCGAUCAUGCCGCUCCGGUUGGUGCUCCGAUUCCGAUGGAUCCAGAACGCCGUUAUGGCCUCUGAACUUCUUCACACAUGGUUACAGUCCUUAAUUGUCCUCCAUGGAUGAAUUGAAAUUUAAUCCCGAGUUUCAACUACAAGAAAUUUAAUCUGCAAUG